UGUCUAUCUAUCUAUCUAUCUAUCUAUCUAUCUAUCUAUCUAUCUAUCCAUCUCAGUGUAUCUCCUUGGAGCGUCAUGCUAGGUUGUAUCCUCUGGUUCUUGGCUGCUGUCGUUUCUGUGUCAGGUUCCCUGUUGACUAGGAUGCUGUCGCUGCGGCAAAAGUGAUUUUCAGCCGAGCGUUAUCAGACUCAUUGGAGUGUGAAGACGAAGAUGCUGUGAUUAACAAUCUCCUGCUGCUGAUGACUAGAAAGGCGUGACGAUGACAUGACUGUUGCUGUUGGUAUUAUAAAAUUGUCAAAAUAAGCAUGGGGCCAGAUGAGUUUGUCGGCGAGCGUUCUACAUCAUGAUCACACUUCUGUCAUGUACAUCUGUGAAAUUACAAUCAAUCCUCUUAGCACAGUCUCUGCUGGCUCCUCUUCUGGAGCAGCGAGUUAAAAAGGUUGACCUCUGGCAGGAGGUCAUGAAGAUUCGCCGAGAUUUUAAGGGAGGAGGGGGCAAGGCACUGAUGUAAAUCCUGAAAUUGUGAGGAAGCAUUCACUCCAAUCUUCCAGAAAGUGCUGCUUUUUGACUCUCAUCCUUCUUUCAAAUGUGAGCACAUGCAAGCUCCUCACUCGUGUGGUAAUAUUAUUCCUCCAUCAGGAGAGGGAAGUGGAGAACCAGACGGGGGAAGGAAACUUAAGAUGUGGUCACUCUGUGCAUAAGAGAGGAAAUCCAAAAUCCGACUACUGAGCAGAGCCGAGAGAGGAUGCACCAUAGAUGUUACGGAGAAUGUAACCAGGGAGGGAAAAAUGCCCUUCAGUGGCAGAGACCCAGAGAACGAUUAGAUCAACCCUGAAGUACUGCACUUCUGGAUGUUUACAUUAGAACUGAUAGCUAUUUUUAAUGCUGCAUUGAAGACUGAGACGGACCAGGGGGCCAAGUGGGCUCCUGCUCUCGAAGAAUCUCGUGAUUCAGACGGAAGAAUCUGCUCCUCUCGUGGAACAGUUAUUUGUAUUAGGGCCAGUUUUAAGUACGUUUAUAGAUGGCAAAUGUCUUCACCCUCAGAUCAUGUUUUCUCCAGAAAUUGUUCAGCCUUUGCUCAGUUGCAUGGUUUCCCUGGUUUGGCGCCUCCUAUUGUUGGUUCUGCUCAACUGACUCUUGAUGAAACUUUAAUGUGCAGUUGGAUUCCGGUGUCAAUGCCAACCCCAACUCCAGGAUGACUAGUUUUAAGAGGGGAACCUUCUUUUCAGUCACUGCUCCUCCCCUUCUUCGUCCUGGGUCCACUUUGCACCGUUCUUGCUGGACUCCAUGGCAACCGUUGAUUCAUGGUUAACAAGCUGCCGGGGUGAUGUCAUCAUGCCGAUGGUGUUGCUGUGGGAGCUGAGGGAGGCACUCAGUUCAUGCUUCUCUGUCUCCUCCACCUGACCCCCAGGACCUCAAAGGGUCAGCGCCCACGAUCCAGAGAGUGUCUGUGUUCAGUCUGUGUCACUGAUGCAGGUGGUGACUCACACUCAGUCUCUCCUUGCUUUCAUCUAUUGGGUGACUCAGCAUUUGCUGAACACACAGUGGAGAUUUCAGACGACCAAGAAAAGGGCAUAUUCAAACUUUGACACUGUCUGAGUUUUCUUUCCAAGCAUGAAGGUAUUUAAAUGUCAUCUGACCUAAAAAUGGAAAAAAUUCAUUUAGCAUUAUUUUUCAGUUUAAAUUAUUUAUUCUCUAGUGCAUCAAAUAAUGGGUUUUCGAAAUCACUGUCUGUGUGUUGUCUGUCUCCGGGCUUUCCUUCAAGUCCAAACUGAAACAUGCCAUUGUUGUCUCUGUAAAUCACAGCUGAUGUUUAAAGAUAUUUCACAUUCCACCUGUGUGUCGCCCACAUUGACAUGGGUCGUCGAGCUACAUUCCCAUGAAUAACUGGCGCCGGCUCUCAAAAUGCUAGUCUCAGGAAGUGGCAAUAUUAUGAUUUUAGAAGUUUUGUCAGCCUUCAAUUUGGUUGAACCUCAAUGGGUUUCAAGGUGGUCUGAUACCAAAGGGAGUACUUGGUAAUCAUGUUGUUUUUAUCAUCGUUCUCAUAUUUACAGCUGUUUUAAAAAUAUCAUUCACGUGAUAUAUGGUUGUGGUGUUUAUGCUGUCAACCGUCGAAGAAAAAGAAAACAAAAAGAGCAGCAGCUGUUUGGACUGUUGGUAAUAGUUCCAUUGCAUCCCAACUUCUCAUUUCCUGGCCACAUCAGCUUGGACUGAAGAAAUGUGAGAUGUUCCCAGGGCUGAAUGAAACUAUAGACAAGUAGACUUGUUGACUAGUUUAAACCAACUGGACAGGCUUCACCCUAAACUGAGAAAAAAAACAGACUCCAUUCACUGUCUCUUUUGGUGACAUGACAGAAUUUUAUGCAAUGAAGCCCAUGUUGGUGCAAAAUUCAGCUAACAUUAGUAAUGACAGUGUCCAUUGGUCUGCCCUCUGGCUCAGCUCUUUUUGCCCUGGUAAACCUUCAUGUUCACGUUGGAGUUAGUAUCCCUUUGGUUUACGUUAACAUUUGCUGUCAAACUGUAUUUGUAUGUGCAGUUUUAUUCAUUCCAUGUGUGAGAGCAAAGGUGUUAAACUUUGAAUUGCCACUGAUGGGUAUUUAUUUAAGGUGACAAAUUGUGUGAUUAUUAUUUGUUUGUCAUCAGCAGCAGCAGGGAGGAGAGUUGGGUCGCUCAUCUGCACAGGAGUCAGCGGCUGUUCUGGUUCUACCAGACAUACUUGGGAAAUGUCAUUGUGAGCCAACAAGUAGCACAGAUUUACAAAUAGACCUGCCACGUUCCAAGUAGUGUGUGUCUGCAGGGCUGCUGCUGCUGAAAUUAUGACAUCACUCUCUUUUACAUUAUUCAUCCGUUGUCAUACCAGACAAUGACACCUGAUUCAGUUGUUCAACUGCUGCUGUUCUAAUGCUUUCAAAUGUAUUUUAGACUCCACAAGCCUUUUCAUUGUUUAUCGCCAUUUUACCACUUAUGUAGAUAAUGCUUCUAUGGAAGAAUGAGCAGUGAUUUCAGGCUUAAAUCAGGUUAUCAAGGAUUUUUCUUUUUUUGCCACCCUCCUGAAUAGAAACAACGUAAAGGACACUGAAACAUUUUUUUUCUCGAAACAGAAAAUUUCAGUAAAAAAUAGAAGAAAACCUAUCCAACAAAAGCUCUUUAAGCCUAGGCCUUUACGUUUUAGUGGUUUCCUACGUUGUAGUAACGGCCUCCCAACACUAGAGAGCAGUGCUUCCUCUUCAGCGUUAAACGGGCUGUUUGCCCUCAUUUAUAAAUGUUGACAGUAAUAUCUCAAAAUGACUGAAUGUUUAUUCACAUCAAUACUGUUUGCCGUUUACCUGAAUUACAUUUGACAUUUAAUUGUUUACAUUACACAUACCAUUGGUAUCAAGUCUUCAUACACUGAAAAAAAGAGAGGACAGUGACAAACAGUCACAACACAGACGUAACUGUAAAUGUUACUAUGUGCGGUGCUUGUGUUUGUGAUAAUGUUAUGUCGAGUCAGUUGCUCCUGGUCUUUGGAUGCUCAUUUCUAGAGUAAACAUUUCUGAUACAUUUACUGAUACGUGAGAUAAAUUUUCUUGAAAACCCUGAAUGUUGUUUAUGUUUUUCAUUUUAUUGGAGGAAGCUCCCUCUUCUUCUCUGCUCCUCUUCUUCAGGAGUUAGAUUAAACACUUGUGGUAGAUGUUCCAGUUGCAGUCCAUUUCUGCCUCUGAAACUGACCAGCAAGGUUUGUCCUCGACUGGCGCUGGUAGUUUCAGUGGCCAUGCUUUAGCAAACAGUACCACUGCAUUCAACCUUCUUGUUAUUCAGACAGUCCUUUUCCGUAGAAGAGGCAGUGGCUUUGUGUUACUUUGGUAGGGGUUACCUGCCACACCUGUAUACCUAUUGAAACCCCCAAAUGUUCACGGGUGAUACUCGAUCUGGUCUGGUUUUGUUAACUGUCAGGGACAUGUGCCGAAAAGGCCGUGACAUUUAGGGAGUCUCUUUAUAUCUCUCCUGCUUUUCAUUUUCUCCAUUCACUUUUCAGUGUUGUCCCCUUGUGUUUUUAGAUUCUCUUCACUGUUGGUAAAACUUGUGUCAUCUGCAAACCAUACAUCAUUAAGUUGUCCUCACAGAUAUCAUUCAUAUAUAUCUUGAACAAUUUGGAUCCCAAAACAGAGCCUUGAGGAUCUUUCUUUCCUGAUCUAAUAUUUUCUACACAUUUUUGCAUGAUAUUGAUGUUGUGGAUAUAUAACAAAUGUAGAUCAAACUGAAGCACUGUCAACUGACGGCCAUUCAAACUUAAAACCUUGUUGUCGCCCUGUUGUUCAGAAUAAGGUCAUGAAUUUGGAACCAGCCUUGCUGUUUGAUUGUUCUGAGCUGAGGGUGGAGAGUAGGGGAGCCGGGUCUGUGAGGGGGAUCACGGAGUCCGGUGAUCCGGACCUUAAAACUCUGGCUGCUGUGAUCAGAAUGUCGAUGUGGUGUUCUUCUUUGGCUUGUCGUCUACACUGCAGCUCUGUUGGCUUGUCCUGUUUACUGGGAGACCAGAACCGAGCCGCUGUCUGCCAGAAGCAGUUGGGUGGUGGAAGUGGGUCAUCAAGCAGGACGGGUUGGAGGUUUGUGUUGUGCUGAAACAUGAAGGGAGACCCACACUGGAGUGAAAUGAGGGGAAAAUGUGCAAUUCAUCUGAAUCAAAACUGAAGUACUACUGAAAAGGUUUAGACUUAAUUUUUUUAUUUAUUUAUUUCUGCCUUUGUUUUUCUUUUCUUUUUUAUUUUUUGUCCCUGUUUCCCAAAUAUUGUUGUAUGGCUGGGCUGGAUUGUGGAGUUGUUGUUUGUGCCCUGUGAUGAACUUGAUACACUCAGUCAUCUGAAGACCAGAACAUCAGAAACUCACAUAUGUGAAAAUGACCUGGUAAAGCUCAUGCUAAAAUAUGUGACGGGCUGUUUUACAUUUGUACCCUGGGUGAUCUGUAGUGAACUGAAGUGAGACGCAUGUCCACAUGCUCACACACUCAGGAAGAUCAUUUCCUUCUUCCACCCUUCAUUACAGCUACCACAAUUGUUGAGCUGAUGACCUUGGAUAAAAGAUUGUGUGUGUGUGUGUGUGUGUGUGUGUGUGUGUGUGUUGAGGCUGUUUGCGUGUGCGUGAAAGAGACAAUAAAAUCCUGCUUUUACACUGCAGUGAGAAAAAGUAAUGCGCGCUUCACUCAUCUUGACAAGAUUCCAUUUCCAUGUUUGACUCAUCCAUCUUUUCUGAACCAACUGUUGCCAUGGCGACGCCUUCUCCCCCGCCUGGAAUGCAACACAGAGGGAUGCUGGGUAAUUCUGAAUGACUUCACCUGGAAUAUUUUCCUUCCCGCAGGACUGCUCUGUCCUUGAUCCACUAUUCCCUCUCUCCCAGUCAUUUUACUAGCAUACGCACACAUACAAACAAAAAAUGAAUAACAGUAUGUUAAAUAUAAAAUGCAAACAAAUCAAAGUGUUAUGUAAACAACAGAACCGUUCAAUUAUUAUGAAGCAUUAUAGGAUUAGUGUUUAAUAUAAACAGGAGAUGAUAUCAUGAAAGAGGACUUCCCCAUGCUGGUCACAAAUAUGUGUUGCUUGUAUCCACUGCAGUCACUAUCGCGGCUCUUCCUGCCGGCGGGAAUCCCGGCCGUGACGACAGACAAGUCGGAUACAAGAUUCAUGCUCAGCUUAUGAACGCUGAAAAAAUAAACUGCAGUUUCUAUGGUGACGCACGUUGUUGCUGUUGCUCUCCAACACAUGGGCUUCUGCCAGGCCCUCCCUUCCUCAGCUGUGAACCCGUCAGCUCAACACCGACCCCCUGGAGAGGAAACAGCUGACUCUCUGGGCUGGAACCACAGUGGGGCGUGCAUGAGAGAAACCAGCUCUUCAUCAGCCGUCCUCGCUCCCAAAAACAGUUAAUGAGUGAAUGUUAUUGCUGGUGGAGGAACGAUGGAAUUCUGAGUGCCAGUGACAGUGUGAUGGGAUGAAUGAGUAAGGGAUGUGAGGUAUGUCAAACUUUGCUGUCCUUCAUUUUGGUCUCGACUGGACAGUCCCAACUCGACCCAUGUCAGCCUUUUUAAGACACUUGCCACUGUCAUUCCGCCACCAGGUGACAAUAUACAAGUGGCGUUUGCUGAGAGUCAUAAAGAAAGGAGGUAUCGUCAGAGCGGCGCAGUAGUGAGGCGAUGAGCGAGUGAAAGGACCAGAUAGUCAGGUCGCAUUCCUCCCCCCUCCCCCUCCCUCACACCCACUCCUUCUCUCAGCCCUCCACUCUUCACUCUCUCUUUCUCCUCCACUCUCUCUCUCUCUAUUCCCCCACAAUCUCCUCCCACUGUUCCUCCUCUCUCCCCCUCUUCCUCCCUCUUCGAGUCCUCCUCUCGGGCCUGGAAGCAGGUGCUUCUCCUCCUGGGAUCGGGGGGGAUGUGGAAGAGAAAGCUCCAGAUCAGCAGGAGUCGAUCCUCCCGUAGGUCACGUUCGGCUCUAGCUGAAAAGACUGAAGUUCUGAGUGAGGACCUGCUGCAGGUGGAGAAGCGCCUGGAGCUGGUCAAACAGGUUUCUCACAGCACCCACAAGAAGUUGACGGCGUGUCUGCAGGGCCAGCAAGGCGUCGACUUGGACAAGAAGUCUGUCAGGUCACCAUCGAAAAAACUCCCCCUCACAACUCUCGCACAAUGUAUGGUGGAGGGGGCUGCGCUGCUCGGGGACGAGACCCUGCUAGGGAAGAUGCUGAAGCUGAGCGGGGAGACUCAAGACAAGCUGGCACAGGAGCUGAUCACCUUUGAGCUCACCAUCGAGAGAGACGUGGUGGACCCUCUGUCUGAACUGGCCGAGGUGGAAAUCCCAAACAUCCAGAAACAAAGGAAGCAUUUAGCAAAACUGGUCCUUGACAUGGACUCAGCACGCACAAGGUAUUAUCAGUCCAGCAAGUCGUCAGGACUGUCCAGUAACUUGCAGCCUUCAGGAGCCAAAGCUGACCACUUGAGGGAGGAGAUGGAGGAGGCCGCCAAUCGCAUGGAGAUCUGUCGGGAUCAGUUGUCGGCAGAUAUGUAUGGUUUCAUGGCCAAAGAAAUCGACUAUGCAAGUUACUUCCAGACGCUGAUCGAAGCCCAAGCUGAGUAUCACAGGAAGUCGCUGGAGCUUCUGCAGAGUGUGCUUCCUCAGAUCAAAGCUCAUCAGGAGUCGUGGGCGGAGAAGCCGUGCUAUGGGAAACCAUUAGAGGAACACUUAACGCUCAGCGGGAGAGAUAUUGCUUUUCCCAUCGAGGCCUGUGUGACAAUGCUGCUGGAGUGUGGCAUGCAAGAGGAGGGCCUGUUCAGGAUCGCCCCGUCAGCAUCCAAACUGAAGAAGCUGAAGGCGUCUCUGGACUGCGGAGUGUUGGACGUCCAGGAAUACUCAGCAGACCCUCAUGCUAUCGCAGGGGCUCUGAAAUCAUACCUGCGUGAACUACCUGAACCCUUAAUGACGUUUGAACUCUACAACGACUGGAUCCAAGCCUCCAACAUCCCGGACCAGGACAAGAGGCUGCAGGCGCUUCAAUCAGCCUGUGAGAAACUUCCGGCCGUGAACAGCAACAACUUCAAGUAUUUGAUCAAAUUUCUCUCCAAGCUGACGGAGCACCAAGACGUAAACAAAAUGACUCCGGGGAACAUCGCCAUUGUUUUAGGACCAAAUUUGCUGUGGAUGCACGAUGAAGGAAACAUCACUGAGAUGAUGACAACAGUGUCCCUGCAGAUUGUCGGCAUCAUUGAGCCAAUCAUCCUGCAUGCUGACUGGUUCUUCCCUGGAGAAAUUGAGUUCAAUGUCACCGGUAACUACGGAAGUCCGGUACACACCAACCACAAUGCCAACUACAGCUCCAUGCCGUCGCCGGACAUGGACCAGAUAGAUCGCAGGCAGAAUGACCAGAGCCGGCGGCCUCUGAGUGUCGCCACCGAUAACAUGAUGCUGGAGUUCUACAAGAAGGACGGAAUUAGGAAAAUACAAAGCACUGGCAUCAGGGUGAUGGACUCGUCCUGGGUGUCCCGCAGGGGCUCAUCUUCUUCCACUCGUAAAUGCUUUUCUACACCGCCAUGCGUUCACCCCCCGACCCCGCCCAUUGAUGAGCAGCCGGGGGAUUGCUACCUCUCCCCUGACCCUCCCUCAGGCAGCGAGAGAGCCAGCCCCAGCAUGAUAAACAACUUAGCGCUUCACUGUCGCAGAGCUCUGAGCUGGAUCAGCUCUGAUGACGGCCCGUCCCAUUGGCCUGACACCAGCUACGCCCGCCCCUCCUCUGAAGAGGGGCGGCCCCCACCUCCUUACCCUUAUUCCUCUUCCUUUUCCUCCUAUUCACUUUCUCACCACCAUUUCCACAGCAGGGCACCUCAGAGUGCCCGACCUGUGGCCCCUAGUCCAGACACUGGCCCCUCCUCAUCCCCACCUGUCCCACAGUCCCCCUGCCCAUCACCGCAGCAGCUUGACGUAAACUCGAACCCUAAACCAAAAUCACUGCACCUUCACAAACCAAGCUCUGACCCCGCGCAUGAAAUGAAUGGAUCCUCCCUCUACAUUAAACCCCCACUGGUUCUCACCCGUCAAGAUUUAGUUGUAAACUCCUCUAAACCCCCCAGCACUCCCAUCUCUGCCCCCCCUCCCUGGGCCGCCUGUGCCUGCAUCCGGGAUAGACGAGCCAAGCUGACGAGCACCCUGAAGAACAAGGAGCUCUCUCCAGUCAUUGGACAGAAAGGGAUCCAGGGCGCCCUCAGCUCCAGUGGACAGCUGCAGCAGGAGCACAGCCCACACACGCUGAGGAGAGCAAAGAAACUGGCUCCGAUCCCUCCCAAAGCCCCGUACUGUCAGUCAGGAGCAAUGUCGGACCAGUCCACGGGUCAACCCUCCCCAGUCAGCCUCUCCCCGACUCCACCCAGCACCCCCUCCUCUUAUGGCUUCACCUACCCUCAAGGCUACGCCACCAUUGGGUCCACUGGACAUAUUCAGGCCGCCACCAUGCCCUGCCUCUCCUCUCAACCUUCCCUGGCUGGAACCCUGCCCAAGUCCAGACCUACACCCAAGCCACCCAGGCAAAGACCCAGCCUCCCUCCUCCGCAGCCACCCAGCACUCCUGGGACCAGCCCACAGCCUCUGGACCACUCGGCGGGUCUGCUGGAUGGUUUGUCACCUGGAGAGAGCAUGUCGACAGAUUCUCUCUGCAAUUUGGACAUUCCGGUCAUCAACAUGGAGCUGGACGCUCUGUUCGACCUGCCCCAGAUCGCCCCCUACAGGAACUCUCUGUCUCUGCUGGAGACCACUUACCGCAGAGUGGAGUCUGAGGAAGAGGCGGAGAGCACAGUGCUCUGACCUUUCACCUCCCCGCCAUGCUGCAGAGAUGCUGUGUAAAGGAUCAUUUUUUUACAUUUAUUUUGGCCUCUUGAUCAUUGUGAUAUCUGCCUUCAAUCCUGGAAUCAUCCUGCUGGAUCAAGUUGCUGGUCACCAGAAUUUUGGAAACACCCGUCCUCAAUCCCCGGUCAUCUAAACUCCGUCCAUCCUCAGACUUACGUUUUUCAAUGAAGAAAUCUGAAAUCUAACUGUUUUCAUUUCCAAAUUACUUUUUAUUCUAUUAUAUUGAUUUUUACAGAUAUUUAGAGAAGAAAAAUAUUGUAUAAUGUGCAAUAAUAAUUUGUAAAAGUUGGACUUAAAACUAAAAAUAUGUCUUCAAUUUUCCCGACGUCACCAAAACAGCAGUGCUAAUUUCAUCAUGCGCCCUUGCGUCGCAACGGCGGCUUUUUGUUCCAACCAGUCAAAAGGACACCUGUUCACCGAUCAGGUGUCAGACUGUAAUCAGUUCAUUGACUCUGUCUGCUUCAACUGUGUGUCCUUGAGUGGUUAGAAAAAAAAAGUCGGCACCCCCUCCCGGUCCUUUGAGGACCGAGUUAGCCAUGUCUAGCCUUGGCCAAGAAAGAAAGGAAGGUUCUUUCAUUUUAUCAUUCAACUAUGAUCACUAUAAGGGUAUUUUUCACAAGAGAAACCCGCCGACUAUUUCAGACACAGUCCGGUCGAAUUAAACCAACAGAUUUUCAUUACAUUCAAAUUCUUUUCAUUAAUUUUAAUUCUAUUUUAUAUCUAUUGCAGUGAUUAUAUUUAAAUAAAUCAAAUGAAUGAAACAUGUUUAAAUUCAACUUAUUACACGAUUUUAUUCCAGGAAUUAACAGUGGAAGGGAAAACAGUAUAAUUUCAGAGUUUGGAUUUGAAAACAGAAAAACACAAGCCUCGCAGCUGAGUGUCACUGUGCCAGUUUGCGCUAUCUCUGCCAUGAUUUUUAAGAAUCAUUUUGUUGCUGCUGCAUGUUUUAGGUUCCAGAUUGCACGGAAGUCAAACGCUGAAAUCACGUAUGUUUCUUCAUCUGUGUCGGGAUCUUGCUGAUAUUUAUUGUUGAUAUUGUAUAUUUCCAGAGUCUAAGAUGAACAUUAUGAAGCCCUCAGAUUUUCUAAUCACCGCAGAGUUCUAGUCCCUGGGGCCACACUCCACCACAGAUAGUUUACAAGUGAAACCAAUCAACACAGUUUUGUACAAACCAGACGUGACUAUUGUGUAGCAGAGAAGACAUUUUAUCCAUUCUUUUUUUGUCACAAUUUAGAGAGAGGAGCCACAUGGUGUGAAGUGAGAAAAUAAUUUCCUUGUGUAGUAAAAAAUAACAUCAGAACCAAAUUUGUUUUCAUAUUUUAAUCAGUUUUGUCCCAAAGUUUUUGCUUAAUAUUUUGACUUUUUAAAGCAAUACUUCAGGUGUACUUGGUGUUGGAGCCCAAAACGGAAGCAUCAAACUUUUACUAAAACUCUUGCGGCAUCAAGAUUGAUUAUAUUAAUUUGAUAUUAAUUCAUUGAUGAAUGGAAAAAGUUAUCACAUGAAUGAACUCCAGUUCACAUUUUUGACCAGUAAAAACAAAUGAUUUCAGUGGACACACUCAAACACAAAAACACACUUUCUAACUUGGGCUGACAAAAACACUAUAUAUCCCUGCCAACAGUUUCCCACGAGUGAAGCAUCCAGAUACCACACUAUUGACACUAAAAACCACAAAGACAAGCCCCCAAUAUUAGAAGCACUAAAACACUAAAGGUUUUGUAUUGUAAGUGUAAGUUUGUGUGUGUUGUCGGAAUGGUGAAGUGGACUGAGCAAAUUGAAAGGUAUCGACAUGCGGUCGUCGCUAAAGGGGCGUAUUCUGACUGUGUAAACCUUUUAAUAUACUGUAUAUGUCUUUGUGUUCAAUUUGUACUAUUCAAUAAUUCAGCUGCCCCGAUCAAUGUUGCAGGUAUAAAAGCUCCAGCAGACAGAAAACUCAAACCACAAAAUGUGUGAUUGCUGCAUGACGCUUCUCUGAUCUCAUCUAAUGAGGCUGAAAAAAAAAAGAACAGAGGAGCUGUUACAUUUUUAAUCAUGGAUGCAUAUUGGAAUAUUUCUGACCAUCCUUGUGAUGGAGGGAGUAGCUUCUCUUUGACACUGAAGUGAGAUAUUAAUUUAAGAAACGUUCUCUUCAUCAUCAGAAUGUUUAGUUAAUAAAGAUGUUUUUUAUUAA